CCAAAACCAAUCGAUAUAAAUAUGCGCUUUUGAUGGAAUUGUGAACAAACAAUGUGGAUAUCUCGGGUACGGCAACCGGCGACCAGUGGCGUCGCUAUCUCGCGUCGUCUUGCAAGAAGUGGCGUUCGUCCUAUUGCUGUGCUUGGACGGCGAAAUUAUGCGACAACCGAGCAGAACCCCUCUGAAAAACCUUCUUCCUCUUCCUUACAUUGGAUCAAAACAUCACUAGGGCUUGCGGGAACAGCAACCGCUGCUUUUCUCAUUUACACGUACGCGACGAAGGGGGAUGCGAGCAAGAUCUCCAAGAGCUUCCCGGACCUCUCCAAAACGGCCGAAGAGCUGAGCUCUGAUUUCGUGCAACAGAAGAGAAGCCUAAAGAGCCCGGGGGUUUAUGUUUGGGGAACAAAUGUCUAUCAUGUGGUUGACCCAGAAUCUAAAGAUUCCGUCGUGAAGACCCCACGGAAGAUGUCUUACUUCGAUGGGCAGGUGCUCAGAGAUCUCAAGCUUGGAGAAACAUCCGGCGCUGCGAUUACUGAACAUGGUGACUUGGUGCAAUGGGGCAAGGGAUAUUCGGAAUCUGACUAUAAGCCUGCGAAGACCCUUACCGGGAAAAACUUGAUAUCGCUAUGCAUGUCCCAUGAUCGUAUUCUGGCUCUGUCCGGGGACGGAAAGGUUUACUCACUUCCAAUUGCUAUGCAUGACCAGCUGUCCGGGAGGAAGCCUGAAGAAGGCUCCUGGGUGCCUUUUUGGACUGGCAAAGCUGGUGUAAGCUACCGUGUACUGCAGCCAAGCUUGAAGCUCGGUGAGAAAGUUACUGCUAUCAGUGGCGGGUUGGAACACAUUCUUCUCCUGACCAGCUCCGGACGGGUCUUUUCCGCUGCUUCGUCUACCGAGAAUUUCCCUUCAUUUGGGCAGCUUGGUAUCCCUGGACUGACAUGGGCAACACGACCUAAGGGACCAGUUGAUGCUUGCCAUGAGAUCAAGCUACCUAAGGAUUCAAAGGUCACCCAGAUUGCCACCGGCGAAUACCAUUCAUUGCUACUCACCAAGGAUGGCCAUGUUUUUACCUUUGGGGACAACUCUUUCGGACAAUUAGGAAUGGAGUUUGAUCCGUCGGUGCCAUUUUGCGACACCCCGGCCCCCGUGCACUUCAGAAACCUCUAUCGCGGGGGAGUCUGGCAUCUUCAAGCCACCGGAAUCGCAGCUGGAGGGGCUAACAGCUUCUUUGUAGUUGACGUGCAACACGCCAUUGGACACGAUGAAGACCCAAGGAAGAUAAGUAACAUCAUAUCAGAUACUUGGACCUGUGGACGAGGUAUCUGGGGCGCUCUCGGAACCGGAAAAUGGACUCACCUCCAAGAUAGCCUUACCAAGGUGAAGGCGUUAAGCGGGCUUGUUGAGUACGAUGAAAAUACGAAGCAUAUAAUUCCGAUCCGACCUAGUGACAUUUCUGUGGGGACGACGCACGUUUCGGCAGUAUUGGACAACAAAACACACCUCGAUGCUCCCUCUACAUCGACCCUAGACACCGCCAAUGAUUCAGGUCUAGAUGUGCUCUGGUGGGGAGGAAAUGAGCACUUCCAGCUCGGAACUGGAAAGAGGAGCAACAUAUCCAAACCAACCCAUAUCAACAUCCACCCCGGAGCUGGAUUGGGCGAUAAAAAUGAUCUAGCCAGACUUCAGAUUCUGCCUUUCCAUAAGGGCAAGGUUGGUGCCCGGAAUGUGAACAUGCGCCAGAGAGUUGAGUGUGGCAGACACAUUUCGGCUGUCUACUCUUCUGUGUAGUAAAAGUCUCUACUCUUCAGUAUUUUUUAAUGAUGUAUUAUUAUUAGCCUUGGAUUUUUUUUUCUUAAAAAAAAAGAAUCAUGUAUACUACAUACAGAUAUAUAUACUAUAACUAUAGUUAGUUACUAUCUGGACCAUGACCAAGUUUU